AAUCCCAAAGCUGUGGUGAAGGAGUCUACUUUCAGUGCACAAAAAUCAAACGGCGGUACAAUAAUACCCCACCAUCGGCAUCGAUCGCCCUCUUAAAUUAUAGCGUCAGAUCGUCAGCGGUGACGCAUAAUGUUUUGGUUUUAAACACAAAAGUUCAUCUGGUCUUUGUUUCAGCAGAAUCGGAAUAAUCAAAUCCUCGUUAGCCAUAUUCGCAGGCACCAGCUCUGGAGGAAGAGGAAAUUGAAGUUUGUAGCUCUGUACCAGGUGUCCGUUUUGCUCCUUUUAGGAUUGUUUCUUCAAGGUCUUGCUCUAGGAAAAUUGGGAAUCUAAGAAAAGAAACAGUACAGGAUGAAUCUUUAAGUGAAGAGGAGUCUGGAGUGGCUUAUUAAGUUGUGAUAAAAUGGCUUUUCAGCCUUUGGUUUGGUAUUGUCGGCCGGUGGCUAAUGGGGUGUGGACCCGAGCAGUGGAAAAUGCCUUUGGCUCGUACACUCCCUGUGCUACUGACUCUCUGGUGCUUACCCUUACUCAUUUGGUUCUCUUGGCUCUGUGCUUGUACCGAAUUUGGCUACUCAAGAAGGAUUUCAAAGUUCAGCGGUUUUGCUUGAAGUCAAAGUUGUAUAACUAUAUGCUGGGUUUAUUGGCUAUCUAUUGUACUGCGGAGCCUUUAUUUCGAUUGAUUAUGGGCUAUUCAGUGCUGAAUUUGGACGGACAGACGAGUCUUGCUCCCUAUGAGAUGGUUUCUCUAAUUAUUGAGUCUUUUACUUGGUGCUCAAUGCUGGUCAUGAUUGGCAUGGAAACCAAAGUUUACAUCCGUGAGUUCCGAUGGUUUGUUAGAUUUGGAGUAUUUUACACUUUGAUUGGAGAUGCCGUGUUGCUCAAUGUCAUUCUUUCGGUGAAGAAGUUUUACAACAGCAAUGUAUGGUAUUUGUACGUUAGUGAGGUCUUCUUUCAGGGUUUGUUUGGAAUCCUUCUCCUUGUGUAUCUUCCUGAUUUGGAACCUUAUCCCGGUUACACUCCAUUACGCACUGAAUCCGUUGAUGGUUCUGAAUAUGAAGAACUUCCAGGAGAAGAGCAGAUAUGUCCUGAGAGACAUGUCAACAUAUUUUCGAAAAUUACUUUUGCAUGGGUGAAUCCUCUCAUGAAACUAGGCUAUAAAAGACCCCUUACGGACAAGGAUAUCUGGAAACUAGACACUUGGGACCGGACUGAAACCCUAAACAGCAUGUUUCAGAAAUGUUGGUCUAAGGAAUCACAAAAGCCAAAACCUUGGCUUUUAAGAGCAUUGAAUAAUAGCCUUGGAGGAAGGUUUUGGUGGGGAGGCUUCUGGAAGAUUGGCAAUGAUGUUUCCCAAUUUGUAGGGCCACUUAUACUGAACCAGCUGUUGCAGUCCAUGCAACGAGGGGAUCCAGCUUGGAUUGGUUACGUCUAUGCCUUCUCAAUUUUUCUUGGAGUGGUAUUUGGGGUUCUAUGUGAAGCUCAAUAUUUUCAGAAUGUGAUGCGUGUCGGUUUUCGUCUGAGAUCAACUUUGAUUGCUGCUGUAUUCCGCAAAAGUCUGAAGCUAACCCAUGAGGGUCGUCAGAAGUUUGCAUCUGGAAAAAUCACCAAUUUGAUGACUACUGAUGCUGAAGCACUUCAGCAAAUAUGCCAAUCACUUCACGCUCUUUGGUCAGCUCCAUUCCGGAUCACUGUUGCAUUAGUCCUUCUUUAUCAGGAACUUGGUGUUGCUUCCCUUCUUGGUGCAUUGAUGCUGCUUUUUCUGUUUCCCAUUCAGACACUUAUUAUUAGCAGGAUGCAAAAGUAUUCCAAGGAGGGUUUGCAGCGUACAGAUAAAAGAAUUGGCCUUAUGAAUGAAAUUUUGGCUGCAAUGGACACUGUGAAAUGUUAUGCAUGGGAGAAUAGUUUUCAGUCUAAAGUUCAAAAUGUGCGGAAUGAUGAAUUGUCGUGGUUCCGGAAAGCAUCACUUCUAGGAGCGGGUAAUAGUUUUAUAUUGAACAGCAUUCCGGUGGUUGUAACGGUUGUUUCAUUUGGUCUCUUCACAUUGCUUGGAGGAAACCUGACACCUGCAAGGGCAUUCACAUCUCUUUCCUUGUUUGCUGUGCUCCGCUUUCCACUGUUCAUGCUUCCUAAUAUAAUUACUCAGGUGGUAAAUGCAAAUGUGUCCUUGAAGCGUUUGGAGGAUCUAUUUUUAGCUGAAGAGAGAAUCCUUCUACCAAACCCUCCUCUUGAUCCUCAGCUACCUGCCAUCUCAAUUAGAAAUGGAUACUUCUCUUGGGAUUCGAAGGCUGAGAGGAUGACUUUAUCAAACAUCAAUUUGGAUGUACCAGUCGGUAGCCUAAUUGCAAUUGUUGGCAGUACCGGGGAAGGAAAAACGUCUCUUAUUUCUGCUAUGCUUGGAGAGCUUCCUGCUAGGUCAGAUGCAAGUGUAACUGUUAGAGGAACUGUUGCUUACGUUCCUCAAGUUUCAUGGAUUUUCAAUGCAACUGUUCGUGAUAACAUUUUAUUUGGAUCCUCCUUUCAAUCAGCAAGAUAUGAGAGGGCAAUAGAUGUGACUGCAUUGCAGCAUGACCUUGACUUGCUGCCUGGUGGCGAUCUUACUGAGAUUGGUGAAAGAGGAGUGAAUAUUAGUGGUGGACAAAAGCAAAGAGUUUCCAUGGCUAGGGCAGUGUAUUCUAGUUCCGAUGUAUACAUUUUUGAUGAUCCCCUAAGUGCUCUUGAUGCUCAUGUAGGUCGACAGGUUUUUGAUAAAUGUAUCAAAGGAGAAUUGAGUGGGAAAACUCGAGUUCUUGUCACAAACCAGCUUCAUUUCCUAUCACAAGUUGAUAGAAUCAUUCUUGUCCAUGAGGGUAUGGUGAAAGAGGAGGGAACCUUUGAAUAUCUCUCUGAUAAUGGUGUGCUGUUCCAAAAGCUAAUGGAAAACGCAGGAAAAGUGGAAGAAUAUGUUGAAGAGAAGGAAGUUGGUGAAGCCUUUGAUAAUAAAACCUCUUCAACUGUUGUUUCUAAUGGGGUUGCAAAUGAUUUGGAAAUGAAUUCCAGGCAAACAAUCAAAAAGAAAGAAAACAAAUCUAUUCUUAUCAAGCAGGAAGAACGAGAGACAGGUGUUGUCAGUUGGAAAGUCUUGGAGAGGUACAAGAAUGCAUUGGGAGGGCUAUGGGUGGUGAUGAUACUAUUUAUGUGCUACUUCUUAACGGAAGUUUUACGAGUUUCUAGUAGCACAUGGUUGAGUAAUUGGACAGAUCAAGGUGCUUCAGUGAGACAUGGACCAGGUUACUACAAUUUGGUCUAUGCACUUUUGUCCUUUGGUCAGGUUUUGGUAACACUACUUAAUUCAUAUUGGUUGAUCAUUUCAAGUCUAUAUGCGGCCAAAACGUUGCAUGAUCUUAUGCUGACUUCCAUGUUAAGAGCUCCAAUGGUCUUCUUCCACACAAGUCCACUUGGACGUAUUAUCAAUAGGUUUGCAAAGGAUCUUGGUGACAUCGAUAGGAAUGUUGCCGUGUUUAUGAACAUGUUUCUGGGCCAAGUGUCGCAGCUUCUUUCUACUUUUGUUCUGAUAGGGAUUGUGAGCACGAUGUCCUUGUGGGCUAUAAUGCCACUAUUGGUUCUGUUUUAUGGAGCCUAUCUUUAUUAUCAGAGCACUGCUCGUGAAGUGAAGCGUUUGGAUUCCAUAACGAGAUCACCAGUCUAUGCACAAUUUGGGGAAGCAUUAAAUGGCCUCUCCACUAUCCGUGCAUACAAAGCUUAUGAUCGGAUGGCUGACAUCAAUGGGAGGUCUAUGGACAAUAAUAUAAGAUUCACUCUUGUGAACAUGAGUUCCAACCGCUGGCUUGGAAUUCGUUUGGAAACGCUGGGAGGCCUCAUGAUUUGGUUUACAGCUACCUUUGCUGUCAUGCAGAAUGGAAGUGCAGAAAACCAGCAAGCUUUCGCAUCUACAAUGGGUUUGCUUCUCAGCUAUGCUUUAAACAUUACUGGCUUAUUGACUGGCGUACUUAGACUGGCAAGCCUUGCUGAAAAUAGUUUCAAUGCUGUUGAGCGAAUUGGGACAUACAUAGAUCUACCUUCAGAGGGUCCAGCAAUUAUUGAGAGCAACCGACCUCCUCCUGGGUGGCCAUCUUCAGGAUCCAUCAAGUUCGAGGAUGUUGUCCUACGUUACCGGCCAGAACUUCCUCCAGUCCUGCAUGGACUGUCUUUCACAAUAUCUCCCAGUGACAAGGUCGGCAUAGUUGGUAGGACUGGAGCUGGAAAGUCUAGCAUGCUCAAUGCUUUAUUUCGAAUUGUAGAGCUAGAAAGAGGAAGGAUCUUGAUCGACGGGUGCGAUAUUGCGAAGUUUGGUCUAAUGGAUCUCCGCAAAGUACUUGGUAUCAUACCACAGUCACCGGUUCUUUUCUCAGGAACUGUGCGGUUUAAUCUUGAUCCUUUUAAUGAACAUAAUGACGCUGACCUUUGGGAGGCCUUAGAAAGGGCACAUUUGAAGGAUGUCAUUAGGAGGAAUUCUUUGGGUCUAGAUGCUGAGGUUUCAGAGGCUGGUGAAAACUUCAGUGUUGGACAGAGGCAACUCCUAAGUCUUGCUCGUGCAUUAUUGCGUAGAUCAAAGAUACUUGUUCUGGAUGAGGCCACUGCAGCCGUUGAUGUCAGAACUGAUGCUCUUAUCCAGAAAACUAUCCGAGAAGAAUUCAGAUCUUGUACAAUGCUAAUUAUUGCUCACCGGCUCAAUACCAUUAUUGACUGUGACAGGAUCCUUCUGCUCGAUUCUGGCCGGGUUCUAGAAUAUGAUACUCCAGAGGAACUUCUUUCAAAUGAAGAUAGUGCCUUCUCUAAGAUGGUUCAGAGCACUGGGGCUGCAAAUGCUCAGUACUUGCGCAGUUUGGUACAAGGUGGAGAAGGAGAGAACAAAUUUGACAGGGAAGAAAAUAAGCAGUUAGAUAGAAAGCGUAAAUGGUUGGCCUCUUCUCGAUGGGCUGCUGCUACCCAGUAUGCACUUGCUGUUAGCCUCACGUCGUCACAGAAUGACCUUCAACGCUUGGAAAUUGAAGAUGAGUACAGUAUCCUCAAGAAAACAAAGGAUGCAGUCAUAACUCUACAAGGAGUUCUUGAAGGGAAACAUGACAAAGUAAUUGACGAGUCACUAAACCAAUACCAAAUUUCUAGAGAUGGAUGGUGGUCUUCUCUUUACAGAAUGGUCGAAGGUCUUGCAAUGAUGAGCAGAUUAGCCGGUAACAGGCCUCGCCCAUCAGGCUUUGGUUUUGAAGACAAAUCAAUUGACUGGGAUCAUAUUGACACAUAGGGAGCACCACCUGACUGAAAUUUGUUUCAUACUUCAUAGUAGCAGCGGCUGCUAUGUAAUUGCAAAGUAAGUUCUGGAGUUUGUACUAAAAGCUCCAGACGGUUGGGGUGAUUUUAGUGGCAGGAUUUUUUUACAUCUGACUUGCAUGAGUUUUGAACCACACCCCCCCCCCCCCCCCCCCAAUUAGAAACAUGCCCUUAAAGUUUGUGCAUUUCAAUAGAAUUGAAUAAUUUAAGUGAUUAUAAUUAGUCAAAAAUAAAAGCUCCUAAUGGAGGGGAGCCUAAAAGAAGCUCAAGAGACUGAUUAAGAAUUUUUUUUUUCCCAUGCACGCGACAAUGUCAGUUUUCCAUGUACUGCUUUGUAUUUUUAGGCUCUUACGUAAGACAUGAUUCCCCCUUGCCCCUCUGUUUCUUCUUUUGAAGAGAUAUCUCAUUGUUUCAAUCAAUUUUCUAUGUAGAUAGGAUGUGAUAGUAA